AUGACCAUCUCCGCCUCCGCCGAAGCGCGCGGCAUUGCGCAUUCCGACGGCGACCCGGCGACGCAGCCAUUACCUCCUGCCACAACAGCCGCGUCUGCGAUGGCUGCCCCGAAUGCAAUCCCGCCUAUGGAGGGCACUGACAGCGUCCAUGCCGACCCGAACAGCGUAUCGUCGCCCACGCAUGAUGGUGCCCCCGCCUCGCCCAUGGAUGAAGCGACUCCCACAUCGCCUGACCAAGGGAGCGCACCCCCCAAUGCGCAGACGCAGCAGCGCGUGCAAGACAUGUUGCACUCAGACGUGGGCGUCUCCACCCUGCUGAACCGCCUCAAGGCCAGCAUUGCGAGCGCCAGAGACUUUGCCAGCUUUCUCAAACGCCGGGGAGCUCUCGAGGAAGAGCACGCCGGCAGCCUCAAGAAACUAAGCCGUCUGACGCUCGACGGCGUGCGGAAGCCUGACACGCGGCACGAGAGCUACCAGACGCAGUUCGAGCAGGUCCUCCACGCAAACGAGCGCAUCGCCGACAAUGGCACCCAGUUCGGCCUUGCCCUACACGCCAUGCACGAGAGCCUGCUACAGCUGGCCAACAAGAUGGAUACAAGCCGCAAAACUUGGAAGCAGCAGGGGCUCUCGGCAGAGAACAAGGUUCAAGACGCCGAACGGCUGGCCGAGAAGGCCAAGGCCAAGUACGACCAGCUCGCCGAAGACCUUGACCGGGUCAAGACAGGCGACACAGGUGCGGGCAGGAAGUUUGGCUUGAAAGGGCCCAAGUCAGCCGCCCAGCACGAGGAGGACCUCCAGCGCAAGACCCAGGCGGCAGAUCAGGACUAUGCCAGCAAAGUCCAGACGGCACAGGUCUCCCGCAAAGAGCUCGUCGCGACUCUGCGGCCCCAGGCUGUCUCUGCGCUGCUGGAUCUCAUCAAGGAAACCGACGCUGCUCUGACUAUGGAAAUGCAGAAAUACGCCUCGUUCAACGAGAAACUUGUCGUCAACAAUGGCCAGGUCGUCAGUCCACAGCCACCCAAGGGCGCGACUACUCAGGCCCCGUCCAGCAUCAACCAGCUCAUCUACCAGAUCAACAAUGAGCGCGACUUUGACGAAUAUAUUUUGAGCCAUGCCUCCAAAGCACCCAUCACCAAAUCAGAGCUACAGUACCUGAAGCAUCCGACACAGGCGCAGACGCGGUCACAUCCAACACCACCUGCUGCUGCGAGUACUAACCGACGUACCUCCAUGCAGCUGCAGAGUCAGCCGCCGCCCUCUUUCCCCAUGCCGCAGCCAGAUGCCAACCCUCUAUCGCCUCAGGGCCCUUCCAGUCUCGAGCCCUCGUUUGGGGGUCCUGCACAGCUGCCACCUUCGUCGUUGCAAUCGCAACCACAGCCUUCGCAAGCGCCGCAGUUCAGCAACUCGCCCUACUCACCCGUGGGGCCCACGCCUUACCCACAGUCAGACUAUCCUCGUGGACCUGUCGGUCAGGCUACGGCACAGCAGACUAGCGGAAUUCUUUACAACAACGCCCAACCCCCGGUCAAUCCCGUCUUUGGCGUCACUCUGGAAGACCUGUUCCACCGAGAUGGCUCACCCGUACCCAUGGUAGUCUAUCAGUGUAUUCAGGCUGUGGAUCUAUACGGACUGGAAGUAGAGGGCAUCUAUCGGAUCCCUGGAACCUCGUCGCAUAUCCAGCAAAUGAAAGCUCUCUUUGACAGUGACGCUUCCCAAGUAGAUUUCCGCAACCCAGAGUCGUUUCAGCACGACGUCAACAGUGUGGCUGGUUUGCUGAAACAAUUCUUCCGCGAGCUUCCGGAUCCACUGCUCACCCGCGAAUUCUACGGCAAGUAUAUCGAUGCUGCACGCAUCGAUGACGAGACCAUGCGACGUGAUUCCAUGCACGCGCUAAUCAAUGCUUUGCCCGAUCCGAAUUAUGCGACACUUCGUGCCCUUGUUUUGCAUCUGCAUCGUGUGCAGCAAUCCUCCGAGGUUAACCGCAUGAGCACCGCAAAUCUGGGUAUCUGUUGGGCGCCGUCCAUAAUGGGUCCUCAUAAAGGCAACAAUAUGGCCGAUGCCGGUCUGCAAGCCCGCGUAAUCAUUACCAUUCUUGACAACGUGCUCCAGAUAUUUGACGAGGACUGA